CCUUACAUCACUGCACGCGACGCGACGGGAAAGCGACCUUGGGGCCAUUCGAAAACGAGACAUCAAUUUUUCCCGCAACCAUGGAUGACGAUCUUUAUGACGAGUUUGGAAACUUCAUUGGCGAGGAGGUAGAGGCCUCUGAAGAAGAAUCCGAACAUGGCGUGGACGUGGGAAACUUUGCCUAUGGCGAGUAUCCCGAGGAAGCCCAAGAAGCUCCCGUCGAGGAGCAGAUGGAACUUGACGAUGAAGGGCCUUCAAACGCAGUCAUCCUCCACGAAGACAAGCAGUACUACCCGACAGCGGCGCAAGUGUACGGGGAGGGAGUCGAGACAUUGGUGGAAGAGGAGGAUGCACAACCCCUAACACAGCCCAUCAUCGCCCCGGUCGAACAGAAGAAGUUCAGUAUCGAGGAGGCCGACCUACCGCAGGUGUACUUCGACCGCAGCUUCAUGACCGACCUCAUGAAUUUCCCAGAGCAGAUCCGGAACGUCGCAUUGGCGGGGCAUCUGCACCACGGCAAGACAGCAUUGAUGGACAUGCUGGUCCUGGAGACACAUGCGAUCACAGAACGGUUAGACAAGCGGACGGGAAAGAAGCGGGACGAGCAACUCCGAUACACCGAUGUUCAUGUCCUCGAGCGGGACCGGGGACUGUCGACCAAGGCCGCGCCCAUGAGCUUGGUCCUUCCGAGCACGAAAGGAAAAUCGCAUCUCGUCAACAUCAUCGACACUCCAGGGCAUGUGGAUUUCGUCGAUGAGGUAGCGGCAUCCUUGCGGCUGGUGGAUGGCGUGUGCUUGGUGGUGGACGUGGUGGAAGGAGUGCAGGUCAACACGGAGCAGAUCAUCAAACACGCGGUCCUCGAGGAUAUCCCACUUACGCUGAUCGUCAACAAGAUGGACCGGCUAAUACUGGAGCUGAAACUGCCACCCAACGACGCGUACUACAAGCUGAAGCACGUCAUCGAGGAAGUCAACACCGUUAUUGAGAACACAAUACCGGGACGGGGCGCGGAGAGGAGGAUAAGCCCUGAAAAGGGGAAUGUGCUAUUUGCCUGUGCUUCCAUGGGCUGGUGCUUCACUUUGGCGUCUUUCGCCAAGAUGUACUCUGACAGCUUCGGCGGCGUCAACAUCGACGAAUUUGCGCGGCGGUUGUGGGGAGACGUCUACUUCAACCCGCGGAAACGGAAUUUCACCAGGAAACCCGUUGAGGCGGAAGCCAGGCGAGCGUUCGUCAACUUUAUUCUGGAACCGAUAUACAAGCUAUACUCCCACACCAUCAGUGAGAGCCCGGAGGACCUGAAGGAGACGUUGGAGAAGCUCGGAAUCCAGCUCAAGCCGUCUCAAUACAAGUCGGACCCGAAAGUGCUCCUGAAACUGGUCUGCGAGCAGUUUUUCGGGCCAUCAACCGGAUUCGUCGAUAUGGUAUGCCAGCAUGUCCCCUCGCCGGCGGAGGCUGCCGAGAAGAAGCUAUCACAGUACUACACCGGACCGUUGGACACCAAGGUGGCAGAGUCGAUGAAGAAGUGUGACCAAAACGGGCCACUGGUAAUCCACGUAACGAAACUCUUCAACACGGCCGAUGCCAAGAGCUUCUACUCGUUUGGGCGCGUGAUGAGCGGUAUCGUGCGGCCGGGCACCGAAGUCCGGGUCCUCGGUGAAGGCUACUCGAUCGACGACGAGGAAGACAUGGUGCUGGGGAGAGUCUCCGACGUCCUCAUCGGCGAGACACGAUACAACAUCCCCACCGACGGUGUUCCCGCAGGCAACUGGGUCCUGCUAGGAGGUGUUGACAACUCCAUCGUCAAGACCGCCACCAUCGUCGACAAGAAGUUUGAGGACGAUGAGGACGCUUACAUCUUCAAGCCGCUAUCUCACUUCACCGAGUCCGUUCUCAAGGUCGCGGUCGAACCCAUUAACCCUUCCGAACUUCCUAAGAUGCUUGACGGCAUCAGAAAGAUCAACAAGAGCUACCCCUUAAUCACAACGAAAGUGGAAGAGUCCGGCGAGCACAUCAUUCUCGGCACCGGCGAACUGUACAUGGACUGCGUACUGCAUGACCUGCGGCGACUCUAUGCCGACAUGGAAGUUAGGGUGUCAGAUCCUGUCGUCCGGUUCUGCGAGACAGUACAGGACAUGUCGGCCACGAAAUGCUAUGCCAUCACGCCCAACAAGAAGAACACCAUCACCAUGGCGGCAGAGCCCUUGGACGACGGGAUCGCCAAGGACAUCGAGUCAGGUGCGGUCAGGAUACGGGAUCCGAUGCGCAAGACAGCCAAGUUCUUUGAAGAGAAGUAUGGAUGGGACAUUCUCGCCGCCAGAAGCAUCUGGGCGUUCGGUCCCGACGAGAUGGGGCCAAACAUUCUGCAGGAUGACACGCUGCCAGGAGAGGUCGACAAGAAACGGCUGAACACGGUCAAGGAGUCGAUCCGCCAGGGGUUCAGUUGGGCGGCUCGUGAAGGGCCGCUUUGCGAAGAACCCAUACGCAACACCAAAUUCCGACUCAUCGACGUCGCCCUCGCCCAAGAGGCCAUCUUCCGCGGCGGCGGCCAAAUCAUCCCCACCACACGCCGCGCCUGCUACUCCUCCUUCCUGAUGGCCUCGCCGCGGCUCAUGGAACCCAUGUACUCGGUGUCGAUGACGGGCCCGCAGGACUCCGUCAGCACAGUGUACAACAUCCUGGCGCGCCGCCGCGGGCAUGUCCUGUCGGACGGCCCCAUCGCGGGGACACCCCUCUACCGCGUGGACGGCCUGCUGCCCGUGAUCGACUCGUUCGGCUUCGAGACCGACCUGCGCAUCAACACGCCCGGUCGCGCCAUGGUCAGCCUGGUCUUUGACCGCUGGAACGUCGUGCCCGGGGACCCGCUCGAUCGGGAGGCGGUCACGCGCCCGCUGCAGAUGGCGAACCCGCUGGGCACCGCGAGGGACUUUGUGCUCAAGACGCGCCGCCGCAAGGGGCUGAGCGAGGAUGUGACGGUGGCCAAGUUUUUGGAGGCCGAGUUUUAUCAGAAGUUGGUCGAGGAGGGCACUUUGGAUGGCGCUUGAGGCGGCUGCCCCUGGGCCUGUGGUUCACAUCUAUCUGUCUGGUGUUGGGGCGUUCAAAUGGGCAGAAGGCUGUAGAGGGUUAAUGCAACUGUUGACUAUGUCCGUCUGGUCUGGAGAGAUCGUGACCUUGUGAGCGUGGCUAUCUCUCCGUGGUUCCUACAACGGAUGUGGCGGCAAUGGAAGCCACCGGGCCAUCGUGAUGCUCCCCCGCCAGGCUGUCGUGAUGUCGUUGGCAAGUCUCGGGUAGGGAGGCUUCCGUCUUCCUCCUUCGCUCGGGACCGAGAUGAGAUGU